CGCAGGCGCCAAAACCGAAGAUGUCCCGAGCAAGUUGCCUGACGCGCAGGAUCGGACAACGAUGCUACCAGACUGCGGCCCGGACAGACUCCAGAGCGACACUGCCAAACUACUGGAUGUGGACGCGACGAAGCGCCAGGAAGGAGCGCACGCGGCACAGAAGGCGGUGGCGCAAUUCUUUUUGACGCUGCCGCAGUGGAUGCACGGCUUCGGCAAGCCGGAGACGUUGCAGGCCAUUGGCCGCCGGUUUUAUGGAUUUGCGCAGUCUGUGUUGAAGGACAAAGUGAAUUCAACAGCUGCGAUGGAAGUUCGCCAAUACCUCGGGCAUUGCAUAUUCUACCCGUUCGUGGUGCUCAUGGAGGCGGCGGCGAAAGCAACCGCCUUGCCAGCCGUCUUCUUGCAGGACUGCGCUGGGGCCGUCAUGAUGAGCGCCGUCAACAAGGAGUGCGAGGUCCACAUGGGGCGGUACAAAUGCAGAAACCGCUGGUGGAAUGUGUGCACAGCGAACGUCGGAGACGGGAAGUCCGAAGCCGUGGACAUGCCCAUGGGGUGCAUGUUCGAAGCGAUGGGCGACGUCGGCGGGCAGUGCACUGUGGGGGCCCAGGCAAAUCGGUACCAUUACCAGCAAAGGGGCAAGUACGUCGACGUUGCGAAGUUCCUGGACGCGGCACACGGCGCUGAGUUCAGCCACCAGAACACGCGGCAUCGGGAAGCUUUUGCGAAGGAGGCGGCGAAGAAGCACAAGCUCCAGCAUGGCGCAGCCACGCCCCCCCCGGGCGUUCACAUGAAGAAGACGAACAUGCACGUGAUACUCAUGCAGCAGGAGGUCAUUUUCAUGGAUUGGUGGUGUCAAGUAGCGGGAGAAUUUUCAGUGGGAGCUCCGCAGCGUUGCAUGCAUUCCUUCGCGGACGUUGCGGAGCGCGCUCAGAUGAUGCACAAGAACUUUCAUCUCGCCUUGACGGUGCCUUUCCUGACUCAGCUGUGCUCUCUGCUCUCGCGCAGCGCGGGCCCGAAAGUGGUAGGGAAGCUGGACCAUUUGAAAAUUCAAUGCUCUGGCGCGCAGGACAAG